AUGGCAGAGGAGGAGGGCAAUGUGGACGAGGAGGAUGUGUUCCUGGCAUUUGCCCAGAGGCCCUCUCCUCCCAGGAGUCCACUCUGUCAGGCCUUGGACAAGGUCUUCUUUAUCUUCCUGGCCCUCAGCCUGACACUACUGAUGCUAGAGGCUGUUUAUAAGCUGCUGUGGCCGCUACAAUGGGCAAAGUUUGGGGACUGGCUGCUGGGAACACCUCAGAAGGAGGAGGAGCUGGAAUUGUGA